AUGCGUCUGCUUUCGGUACUCGGGUUAGCCACUCUUUCCAUCUCGGGGGUCUCCGCGGGAUUGGCAAUUGAGGGAGAGCCAAACGUCAAUGCUACUCUGGUGAAGCAGCAUCUCAGAGACCGUGCGAAGCUAAUUGCGUUGGAAAAGACACAUCGCCAGGAUCACAUCUUCCGCCAGAGUCUCUCCUCCACUGCCAAACAGGCUGAUGAGAUUGUUCAAGCCAUUCGACAGGAUGAGAUUGACAAUUACUGGCGAGUAGCUGGCACUCCGAACGGCGAGGAGGAACGAUUUGCAGGAGAGGUGUUCCCUCUUGCUCGACCUUACAUCUCCAACACGACCCUUUGGAAGGUGAUCAAGCGUAUGCCCAAAGGCGCACUGUUGCAUGCUCAUCUUUCGGCUAUGCUGCCGUUUGAAAAAAUCGUGGAAAUCAUCAUCCACACUGAAGGAAUGGUCAUUUCUGCGUCGCAACCUGUUGACACCGAUGACGCCAAGCAAAACGCCACUAUCACCUUUGCCCAUAAUAACGGCACUCUUUCGAGCAAUCAGUCCAGAAUUGAUGCUUCUGAUUACGUCCCAGGCACAGAGAUUCUUGUCAAAACCGCCGCAGCCAGCUUUGAAGGUGGCGAAGCGGGUUUCCUUGAAUUUAUCAGAAGUAAGACAACCAUUUCACCGGAAGAGUCGAUCCGUCAUGAGUUAGGUGUCGACGAGAUCUGGAGAAAGUUCCAGGCAUGCUUUGGUCCGGCUGAUACCAUGGUACAGUACGAACCUGUCGUUAGGAAGUUUUACCAGAAACUCUUCGAAGAUCUGGCAAGCGAUGGUAUCAACUGGGUGGAGAUCCGAAGCGGUGGAUCAAGUGGAAAGCUGGUCCACAAUGGAGACGAAGAUAUUGAUCCUGACCUCGACGCGUGGUGGCAUGUUUUGGUCGAGGAGAUUGAUAAUUUCAAGGCCACCGAGCAAGGCAAAAACUUCUUGGGUGCUAGAAUUAUUUGGUCGGAUGCGCGCAUAAAGAACCGCGCUGCAAUUACCAAGAGUAUGAAAAUUGCUCUCCAGAGGAAGCAAAAUUUCCCAGAGCUCUUCAGUGGCUACGACCUGGUUGCCCAAGAAGAUCUAGGACGUCCUCUUUCUGAUCUAGCACCGGAACUGGUUUGGUUCCGUGAACAGACUGAUGCCUUGAAUCUCACCAUUCCGUAUUUCUUCCAUGCCGGAGAAACCCUGGGAGACGGAAACUCGACAGAUUCAAAUUUAUUCGAUGCAGUUCUGUUUAACACGCGACGAAUUGGCCAUGGCUUCUCCUUAUAUAAACACCCGAACUUGAUCCGUCAAGUGAUUGAGCAAAAUGUCAUGAUCGAAGUAUGCCCUAUUUCGAACGAAGUGCUGCGUCUGAAUGAGGAUGUUCUCCACCAUCCUUUGCCGGCGAUGAUUGCUCACGGCAUUCCGACCGCAAUCAGUAACGACGAUCCAGCCAUCCUUGGACAAGACGUGGCAGGUUUGAGUUACGAUUUCUAUGAAACUAUCCAAGCCUUUGAUAACAUUGGUCUCGCUGGAUUGGGUGCGCUGGCACAGAACAGUCUACGAUGGGCAAACUUCGAAGACCAGUCUGACAACGAUUGGAUCCAAGAUAUUGACCGCGGUGAGGACGGAACGAGUACCAAGGCUAAGCACAUUCAAGCUUGGAAUAAGGACUGGGAGGAAUUUUGCAAGUGGAUUGUGGAUGAAUACGGGUCGAAGUACGGGACAGCAAAGAUUGACCCGACCAUUUGA